GGAAGCUCUGUGCAAACAAGGGCAAGGCCACUUCCCCAGCCUGAGCCCUGAGUCACAACGCGCACCCACCCUGCCUUGGAUGAAUCCUUGCUCCGGACUUGGGUCGCUCCUCGAAGCCCCGGACUUCCCGCCCGCGCAUUCCCAGCUUUGCCCCUUCAUUGAGUGCCAGGCUUGGGAGCAGUGGGCAGCGCUGUCGCGGGAAGGGGAGGCAGGUUGUGUCCUGUGUCCCCACAGUCCAAGUCCUCAGGAGGGAACAGGGACCUGCACCCCAGACGGAGCCAGGAAGGCGCGGGAGGAGGCGGCCAGAAAAGGAGCAAAGAUACUCUGGGAAUUCUCGGGAUUUCUACAGUGGGAGAAGCUCAGCCCUGGCUGGCGCGCACCUGUACUUGCAGCUACUCCAAAGCAAGAGGGUCGCUUGAACCCAGGAAUUCAAGAGUAGCCUGGGGAACGAAAUGAGAUCCCAUUUGAAGAAAAAUGACUGACAAUUGCACCGCACAGGUGCUUGGUGUUUUUGUCGAGUGGAAUCUGCUUGCUGAGGUGUGUUUGGAAGAUCUGGCUGACUCAUCUGAAAGUAUAUCUCUGAAGUUGUUCACCCUUCACCUCCGAGCUCACGUCCUGGGCCCUGAGCCCUGGAUUACCUGAAACCAAACAGAUCCUGAGCCCAGAGAGUGAAUGCAGGCAGGGAGUGCGGCGGGAAAGAUUCCAGGUAGGAGGCCUUUGUCUGAAGAAUAGCAGAAAAUCAGAAAGUUUCCGGAUGUCUUCCAGUGAUAUCCAGGUUUCCAUCCCAAUGUCAGUAAGAAACACUGGUCUCCCCAGGAUCUCCAGUGACCUGGAGACAUGUACUGAAGAGCCUGUGUUAAGUUUCCAUAACAUUUGCUAUCGAGUAAAAGUGAAGAGUGGCUUUCUACCUUUGCAGAAAACAGUUGAGAAAGAAAUACUGUCAAAUGUCAGUGGGAUUAUGAGACCUGGCCUCAAUGCCAUUAUGGGGCCCACAGGCGGAGGCAAAUCUGUGUUGUUAAAUGUGUUAGCUGGAAGGAAAGAUCGACAUGGAAUAUCUGGAGAUGUUUUGAUAAAUGGAGCACCGCCACCUGCAGAUUUCAAACAUAAAUCAGGUUAUGUGGUACAAGAUGAUGUUGUGACGAUCACGCUGACCGUGAGAGAAAACUUACAUUUUUCAGCAGCUCUUCGGCUUCCAGCAACCAUGACGAAUCAUGAGAAAAAUGAGCAGGUUAACAAGGUCAUUGAAGAGUUAGGUCUGGAUGAAGAGGCAGAUUCCAAGGUUGUGUCCAAAAGAAAGAGAAAAAGGACCAGUAUCGGAAUGGAGCUGAUCACUGACCCUCCUAUCUUGUUCCUGGAUGAGCCCACGACUGGAUUAGAUUCAAGCACAGCACUCACUCUUCUUUUGCUUCUGAAAAGAAUAUCUAAACAAGGACGAACAAUCAUCUUUUCCAUUCAUCGGCCUCAGUAUUCCAUCUUCAAGCUGUUUGAUAGCCUCACCUUAUUGGCCUCAGGAAAACUAGUUUUCCAUGGUCCUGCACAGGAGGCUGUGCAGUAUUUUACAUCAGCAGAUUAUCACUGUGAACCCUACAACAACCCUGCAGAUUUCUUUCUAGAUGUGAUAUGUGGAGGCUCUUCUGUUGUAGUAAAUAGAGAAAAAGAAGACUAUGAAGCCAAAGAGACUGAAGAGUUUUACAAGAGAGAUAAGCCAGUUGUAGAAUACUUAGCUGAGCUCUAUGUCAACUCCUCCUUCUACAGAGAAAUAAAAGAUAAAUUAGAUAAACUCUCAGGAGAUCAGAAGAAGAGGAGCUUAGUCUUCAAGAAGACCACCUAUACCACCUCCUUCUGUCAUCAGCUCAGAUGGAUUAUGAUUCGUUCAUUUAAAAACUUGCUGGGUUAUCCCCGAAUCACUAUAAUUCAGAUAUUAGCAAUAUUUGCAAUAGGAGUGAUGACAAGCUUUAUUUUUCUUGGGCUAAAUAAUAAUUGUACUGGAAUCCAGAAUAGAGCCUCAGUACUCUUCACACUGACCGUCUUUCAGUGUUUCAGCAGUGUGUCAGCUGGGAGGAUCUUUGUGCUUGAGGAGAAGCUGUUUCUACAUGAGCAUAUGAGUGGAUACUAUGGACUGUUACCUUAUUACCUUGGAAAACUAUUAUCUGACUUAAUCCCUAGGAGAAUUUUGCCAAGUAUCAUAUUUACUAUGGUGCUAUAUUUUAUGUUUGGAUUGAAACAAGGGGCAAAGGCUUUCUUCACCAUGAUGCUUACUGUUUUGCUGGUGACUUACACGGCCAGUUCCAUGGCAUUGGCCAUCACAAUAGGUCCCAGUUGGGACUAUAUGACAACAUUUGUCAUGAACCUCUAUUUUGUGUUUAUGAUGAUAUUUUUGAGUAUGUCGCUGUAUUUUGAAACCAUUGCACCUGUAUUUUCAUGGUUUCGGUACUUAAGUAUUCCUCAUUAUGGUUUUAUGGCUUUGCAGCAUAAUGAAUUUUUGGGGCAAGACUUCUGUCCUGGACUCAAUAUAACAGAACGCAGUGACUGUCCCAACUAUGUAAUAUGUGCUGGUGAAGAAUUCUUGACAAUCCAGGGCAUCGAUCUCUCACCGUUGGGCUUGUGGGUGAAUCUUCUGGGUUUGGCUUCAAUGAUGAUUUUCUUUCUUAUAAUUACUUUCCUAAAAUUGUUAGUUCUUAAAAAACAUUCUUGAUCUAACCUUAAAUUUAUUAUGAAUUAUCAUCAUAUUAAAAAGGGCUCUUUGAGUUAUGUUAAAUCCAAUAAAGAUUUUGUGUUGUCUGAA